AUGGUUCUAUCGAAAGUGCGAUCCUGGGCCUCGGCCCGUGAACAUCGUGAUCGCGACCGGACAGACCGCGAGGACAACAAUAACUCCGUUAAGCGUGAGCUGCUGCGUACGCCUUCACCGACGCAACGAUGCGACAUUGACAGCGAUCGUGACGAUGGAAGUGACCGUGAAAACCUCAGUAGCCCUAUUCCAAACGAGCGUCUGGAACGAACCACGCCGCUCAAUCUGAUGACAGACCCGUCCCGGAGGACACCAUCCCCGACAGCAUCUAGCGCCGUGCCAGGAGGAGGUCUGGGAGUGGCCCUGGCAGCCCUGCAGAAUCAUCUUCCCCUCAGCUCGCUAUUCCUGCAGAACCAACUCGGUCUCGGAGGGCUCAGUGGGCUAUCCGGGCAGGAUCUUGGCAUGCUCCAGCAAGCGCUACAGGCGCAGCAGGCCUCACUGCAGCAACAGCUCCAGCAGUACAUGCUGCUUCAGGUGCAAGGCAGUGCUGCCAGUGCCAAUGGUAAUGCAGCUGCCGCAGCAACGGCUCAAGCACAGGCGGCAGCUCAAUUCCUCAUGCAAAACCAGGUAAGUCGCGUAAAUCAAGCCGUCGCACAGCUACAAGCCCUACAGAAGCAGCAGCAGUUAAAGCCAACCAGCUCGACACCGACACCGGGAGCAACAGCCACUAGUUCACCUUUACACAGCCCCUCGGGAAGUCCGGGACUUCAUCAACAUUCCACCCAAACCGGCGCCAUGCUUGGAGCCAGUCAAACGACGCCUCCCAACGUGAGCCAGAUGAACGUUGGAGGCAUUCUGACGCCCUCCACACCCGGUUCCGGGGCCCAUACGCCUCAACUGCAGAAGCACACUGCCGCCCCACGAGCCCUCGAGCCUUCGCCCGAAGAAACAACCGACCUGGAGGAGCUGGAGCAGUUCGCCAAGACGUUCAAACAGCGACGGAUAAAGCUAGGCUUCACGCAGGGAGAUGUUGGAUUAGCCAUGGGCAAGCUGUACGGCAAUGACUUCUCGCAGACGACCAUCUCCCGCUUCGAGGCACUCAACCUGAGCUUCAAGAACAUGUGCAAACUGAAGCCGCUGCUCCAGAAGUGGCUCGAAGACGCCGACAGCAGCAUCUCCAACCCCGGCGGACGCAUCUUCAGCCCAGCGGCCCUCUCCAACACGAUGGCGACACCGGAAACGAUGGGACGACGGCGCAAGAAGCGUACCUCUAUCGAGACCUCAGUCCGGGUGGCACUCGAAAAAGCCUUUCUGGUGAACUGUAAGCCAACGAGCGAAGAGAUCUCGACCCUAGCCGACAACCUGUGCAUGGAGAAGGAGGUCGUGCGCGUCUGGUUCUGCAAUCGGCGGCAGAAAGAGAAGCGAAUAAACCCGCCCAACGGUAUGGACAGCCCUACGCAUUCCUCCGCCAGUGGGGAGCUUUUCCCGGCCGGCCUCGUCCCUGGGCUGUCCUCGCCGUCAUCCACUUCCGGAGGUGGUCAUCACUACGCCCCGCAUCACCAUCAACCGCACAGCGGUAGCAUCAAGCAGGAAUGA